AUGGCGCCGAGCUGCGACGACCCGGAGGCGCCGCGAGCGUCUGACGACCAGGCGGAGACUUCUCGGUUGUCUCCCUCUCGCCUGUCUCCUCGGCCCGCGUCUCUUCCCGAGGCGUCUCCACGCCCUGCGGCGCCCGCGCGGCCUUCGAAGCGCAGUCGCGUGCCUCCCCUGGCGCCCGUCGAUGCUGCGCCUCCGUGCUUCGCCUCGCUCUCUUCCUUCGAGGCCGACGCUUCCCAGACGCCGCUCGCGUACUGUUCCCUCGCCGCCCUCCGUCGCCGCCAUUCGCCGACGCUGCCUCCGCCUGCGCUAUCGCUCUUCUCCGCCUCCUUCGUCGCGCACAACCCGCUGCGGUGUAUCUACAGCGAGUUGCACACGCUGCUGACGGUCAUCCGAGUUGCCUCUGCGGCGUCGGGCCUCUCCGCUUCUCACCCCUCAGCCGCCCUCGGCUCGGCCUUUGGCGACGCUCUCGCGCUGCCUCCGCCGCUCUCCGGAUUCGUCGAGUCUGUUGAGAGCCUCCUGGCGACGCUCCAUCGCCAGAUUCAGCUUCAGCACUGGCAAGGCGCGGAUUGGGGAAGGAGGCGACCCUGCCGCCACAGCUCCGGAGCGCGCGGGGACCGCGCAGACGAGCAGGCCCGAAGCGAAGAGCGACGCGAGACGAGAGGGCCGUCCUGCUCGAGUUCAAACGGCCAGGGAAAAAGCUGUGCCGCUCCUGGCGGGGUCGGAAGACCCAGCGAACUCGACCCGUUUUCGCCUCGGUCUCCGUUUUCUCCGUCUUUUUCUGCGCCUCUUUCCCCGCUUGCGUUCGCGCCGCCGAGGCCCCGGUGGGCGCGCGUGGACGGCGCGCACUUGGCGCCGUUCCUGUUUGUAGUUGCGGAUCUCUGGCCGCUGGUGCAACAAACCGCGUCGGGUCAGGGCCCGCGGGCGCAGUCGUUGGCCAAUGUCUUUAGUGUGCGACCCGUCGUGGCGGGCGCGCUCGCCUCGCUGACCAAAUUCGUCGCGUACGACUUCCUCGCGCCGGAGCACUGCGUUGACGCGGCGCUCCUCGCCAACCAAGUCGUCCAGGCUGUCCUCGCGUGCGCUCACCAGCAACUGCAGCAACUCGCGAACCUCGCGCUCUCGCCGCGAACGUUUGUCUUCUCGCCGCCCCUGCAGGGGUACUACGGCCUGGGCAGCGGCCUCGCCGGCGCCUCGGGAGGCGAAGAGGAGGUGGUUCUCUACCGCGCCAUCAGUCUGCUCCUCGACGUCGUGCGCUCCUCGGCGGGGCCUCUCGUGGCGGAUGACGGCGUCUGGGAGGUUUUGAAGCUCUGCUACUUUGUCGUUCACCAGCCGAAGAUCUCCGGCGUGCUGCGAAGCCACACCGAAGCGGCGCUGAGCGAACUCGUCGUCGCGCUCUUCGCCCCCAGACGCCAGACUCUGGCCGUCGCCCUCGCGGAGACCCAGGCCAGAGCGAGCGGAGGCGCGACAAACAGUGGAGAUGCCGAACUCAGCGGAAGUGGAGGAACCAGUGCAGGCGAGACAGGCGGAGAGAGGCCGAGGGAGAAGGCGGCGGAGACUGAGAAAAAGAGCCAAGACGCGCAGGGUGGGCGAACAGACACGCCCGAGAAGGCCCUGUCAGCUGUCCCGAGGGAAGGCUCAGCCACGCCGACGGCGCCCAGCCUCGGCCCCAGUCUGGGUGCGGGGAGUUACCGGCCGCACGGCCUCGGCGGACUGUACAUGACUCUGCGGUUCAUCGCCUUUCUGGUGGCGCACGGCCUCCCGUUCUCGUCCUCGUCCUCUCGCGCGCCGCCUUCGCUCCGCGGUUUGCCCCUCGGCGGGGAACCCAAGGGAGCGCCGGCGCCGAGCCCUGACGCCGCACCCAGCCGAGCUGUCCCCUCGCCCUCUGUCUCUGCGAACGCGGCUCAGGGCCCGCCGAGCGACGCAGCUGCGCCGAGUGCGUGCCCGCCCUGCGCGAGCGAAACGGAGCUCGUCGCUGGCGCCUUGUCUCCCGGGGACUGCGCACGGCUCGACGGCGCGGCCUGCGCCGUCGAGCCGUCCUCGUCCCUGCGGAAGAUGGAGGCCGACUUGCUGACUUUGUACGACUUCUCUCAGAAGGGAAAGGGCGACGAGGACUUCUACCUCGAGAUGCGGGCUCUCGGGCUGACGCUCUUGAACUGCGUUCUCGAGGCUGCAGGCCGUGGCAUCGCCCGCUCGCCGGCGCUCCGCCACGUGGUCAGCGAGGAGAUUGCGUGGGCAAUCGUUGGCGGCGCGUCGACGCCUCUCUUGGGCGCGCUCGGCAGUCGCGACUCGUCGCUGCUGAUGGUCUCCGUGCAGCUUCGGGCACUCUGGAACCUUCGGACGUUUCGCUUUCCACUCCCCGCGACUGAGGCCACGCUCCUCCAAACGGUCCUCCUUCGCGUGCUCGCCUCGCCGCUGCAUCUCAUGCUGUAUCAGCCGCCACCGCACGCGCUGGGGCCGCCGGGGACUUCGGCGGCGGGCGUCCAAGCCCAGUACCAGAGCGUCUGUCAGCACCUCCAGCAGCAAGUCGCGACCCACGAUUUCCGGUUCGUGACUCUCGAGGCCCUCGUCGAGCUCUGCGCUCUCCCCGACUUUCUUCCGCAGCUCUUUGUCCACUUUGACUGCAACGUUCGCGCCCCCGCCGACAUAUGCGCGCAAAUCGUCGCGCUCCUCGUCUUCCUCCUCCUGUCGCCGUCUGCUCCGCCGCUGCCUUCGCUCCAGCGCCUUCAGCAGUUCUGCCAGGCCGUGAGUGGCAAGAAGCGCGAGGAAUUCGGACAACUCGCGGGGCCUCUCGCGGCAGGAGACGAAAACCUCGCGGCUCUAAACGCCGCAAACGCCCGCCUCCUGCCGCCGUACCGAGGCGUGUACCGGGACGCGACGUACGUGAGCAUCCCGCAAGACGCCGAGGGUCAGUGCUCGCCCCUGCCUGUCGCGCCUGACUCUCGCGUCCCGUUCAAAGCGACACGGGCUACGCACGGACACCCGGACCGAGAAAGAAACGGAAGCGAGGAAACGGACGCCCAUGGGGCACGGAUAUUUUUCAAGCGUCGAAACUUCUACGGCCUCGCCUUGGCGAAGCGCCGGCAGGCCGCGUCUGGCGAGGCCAGCGGCGGGGCGCUUUUCGACUUCUCGCGCCCGAGAUCCGUCACGGAGUUGAAUCGCCUGGCUCUGCGCGGCGUCCUCGAAGUCCUCGCCUUGAUGGCCGCCAGAGUGGAGAGACAGCGCGCGCGAUGCGCCGCGGCUCACUCCGAGAAACCAGAACGGCGCGCGGCUGCCCAGCGCGGGAACGUCAACGGCGAAGCGGAAGGAACAGGCCGGCACGCACAGGAAGACAGUGGCGAGGAGAAAGAGGAAGAGGAGAGAGAGGAGAAAGAGGAAGAGGAGGAAGAGAGAGAGGAGAGAGAACAAGAGGCCAGGAGCGCAGCGGCAGAAACCCUCGCGCAAGCGAUUAUCGCCAGUGGAAAGACCUCCGCCGCGACCGCCUUCGCCCUCGUCCAACCGCUGAGCCGCCUGCGCGAAAGACGCGAAAGAAAACGACGCAUCGAAGCAGCCGCUGCUCUUUUCAACGCGAAUCCAAAGACGUUCAUUCCUCACUUGGAGGAUCUCGAGUUGCUGCCGUCGCCAGCGACGCCUCGAGCCGUCGCCGCAUUUCUGCGUGACACACGCGGCCUCGAUUUAGUCAAAGUUGGCGAGUAUCUCGCACAAAACAAAGACUGGAAUAAACAGGUGCUCGUCGAGUUCCUUGCCACGUUCGCGUUUGCCUCAGUCUCCCUCGUGGAGGCGUUGCGCACUCUCCUCGCGUCUUUCCGUCUCCCUGGCGAGUCCCAGCAGAUCGAGCGCAUCAUGGAGGCGUUUGCAGGCGAGUAUUUUCAGCAACAGCCGUUCGUGACGACUCCGCUGCUUCCAGCGCAGCUUGCGGAACUGGCCCAGGUGCCUGCGGUAUCCUCUGGAGAAGAAAAGACCGAGCAAAGUGGCGGCGCGAAGCGUGGCAAGAAAGAGAAAGAGAAGGAAGACCCGCGCUUUGGAAUUCCGCGGUGGGUCAUCAGCGAGGCGGCCUUCUGGAGACUCGAAGACGAUAGCGCGUGCGUCGAAGCCAAAACGGCGGAGGUGCUGGAGAGACCGAGGCGGCGCUCGCUGGACUUGUCGAACUUGCACGUUUCGGAAGGCCACGAAACCGAGCAGACGCCCGACGGCGAACCGCGCACGCACGCAGAAAUCCGCGAACACCUGACAAACAAACUCAAAACAUUCACUCCCGACCACCCGCCUCCGGGGUACGUUUCGUUUGAGCACCGGGACACGGUGUUUGUGUUGUCGUACUCGAUUGUGAUGUUGAACACGGACUUGCACAAUUCGCAAGUGAAGGUGAAGAUGAACGUCGAGCAGUUUCUGCGGAACAACCGCGGGAUCAACCAGGGGAAGAGUUUGCCCGUGUUUUUCUUGACGGAAAUCUACCUGUCGAUUCGCGACGACGAGAUCCGCAUGAAGAGCCCCGCGGGCUCGGGCCAAACGUGCGCGGUCCCCCCUCAAGAGCCUCUCGCCCUCGCGGCUCGAGCGCCCGGUCGACGCAAAGCGGGCGUCGGGUCUUGUCGCAGCGGGAUCGUCCGGGGCCGCGAGCACCGCGCGUCCCACGCCUCCUCUCUUUUGCACUUUCUGCACAAACGGGAGCGGCGCGAGCGGCGCCGGAGCUCGCUGUCGACGCUGUCGGCGCGGUCUUCGCUCGCCGGCACAAAGUGUGGGGGUUGCGCGCCGCGCGACGGAGACGCGGGCGCGCCCGGGACGCAUGCAGAGUCGCGGAGAGAGGCUCCGGCGGGAGAAGGACGCGGGCGAGACGAGACGCAGCUGCUCAAGUCGCCGGCGUCUUCGCUGCAGUCGCCGUCGUUGGCGAGCGGGGCCGAGUCGUGCGGACUGGGCGACGAGACGCCGUUCGCAGUGUUGACGGCGGAGUUGGACGCGCUGUUUUUCUUCACGUUCUGGGAGCAAGGCGUUUUCGACGCGUUGCGCGGCGUCCUCGAGUCCACUGCAGACCUGGCCGUGAUGGAGGAGGCGCUGUCGGGGAUUCUCCUUCUCGCCAAAGCCGCCGUCGCGCUCGGCCUCGCGCAAGCUGUCAACGUGAUCGUCGCCGAGCUCUGCGCGUACGUCGACCUCUCCUUGGGGGUGCUCGCCCAGGCCGUCAUCCCCGUCCUCUUUGAGAUCCUGCGCCCCGAACGGCCGACGGAAGAGACAGGCCUGGAGGGCCGUGCUCGCGAGGGGCUGGGGUUUGCGGCGGGCGGAGCCGUCGCCGGCGGUCUCGGAGGCUGUGUGUAUCUGCGCGAGGAAGGCUGGGCCGCGUUUUUGGAAGUGCUUCUGAAGUUCUUCGCCCUCGACCUGUUGCCGCCUGCGCUCGCGAAUCUCCACGACUUUCCCGACCCUAGCGGGCGGCCGCUGCCGAGACUCUGCACACUUUUGCCACCUGCCUUCGCGCCGCCCGCGCAAAGCAGGAAGAAAGCUGGACGGAGAGGAUGGCUCGGCGACCUGACGAAUCUCCUCUUCGCCUUUGCCGACACCGACGAAGACAGCGAAGGCGACGCCGACGGAGACGAGCUGCAAGGCCGCGCCGCGAGUCUCACGGCCCAGCAGCAGGAGCAAAUCGUCGCAAACGCCGUGCUGGCCCACGACGGCGCCUUCUUUCCCUCGUUGUUUGACAAGUUGUAUCUUCUUCGAUGCGGCACGUCCUUCGCCUUCCUCCCCACGACCCUGUCUCCGUCCCUGCUGCCAGGGCCGAGUCUUUCUUCUGCCGCGCGCCUCAGCCCCGACCGGAAGAGGCGCGGCGCCGAGCGCAAGGGGGGUGACGGCCUGGUCGACGCCCGAAGCGGAGACACGUGGCAGCCUCAGCGAGGCGAGGAGACUGCGCGAAAAAGUUCUCGGGAGGAAGGCGCGAACAAGAGAGAAGAACGCGAGAAACAGCUGGCUGCCGUCGCCCCCUUCUUCAGAUUCAAAGCUGUCCUGGAACGCUUCUUUAAAGUCGACGAACUGCUCGCGCAUCGCGAAGAUCCCUUGACAAUCCACCUCCCAUGCUUGGCGCUGUUGAGAAGUCUCCGCGAGCGUGUCGCCGUAGCCGAGCAGCCUGAACCCUCGGAGGGAAUCUUUACGUCCCUGCCUCCUGCGGCGGCGCUGCCUCUGGCAAGCAUCCUCGUGCUCCACACUUUGCCUCUCGCCUCGCCGCCCCCGCCGCUCCCCGGCUCCGAUCCGUCUCUCUCUCAGGAUUCUUCCCAGAAUUCUGAAGAUCCUUCUGUCGCGGCUCUGUCAGUAGACCCUCGCGUGACGCCGUACUAUCCGUAUCCGCGGCUUUCUGCGUUCCCCCCGGCAGUCCCUGCGUCGCUGGUUCGCCCUGCGCCUGCGCUCCCUCCGGGUUCCGCGGUCUCGGGCGCUUCGGGCGUCCGCGGCGGGGCGAGUCCGCGCGCAGGAGGGCCGGCGGGGCCGGCGGGGCUUUCGAGCGGCGUGGCGGAGCAAGUCCCCGCGGUCGGCCGGCUGGCGAAUCUUCCAGAGCUGCUGAACGCGUCAACAAAACCCGCUGGAUGGCGAGGCCAGGAGAGCGAGGGCGACGAGGAGACGAGAGAGGCCGAGUUCGGCGCACUGUGUGCAUCGAGCAUGGCCGACGACGUCAGGCGUUUCCGCGCGGUCGGCGAUCGCGCCUUCGCCCUCGAAAUCCUUGGCUUCCUCGUCGCAGAUCAAGGCCUCCUCCUCGUCGACCUCGACCAGGAGACAACGCCCACUGCAGAGAGAGAAGCGCAGGCGUCGCGGAGGCCUGCCGAAAAGGAGACAGAACAAGCGGACGAGAAGGACAGGAGUCUCGCGAGUGGAGAGAAACGGGGAGAGGCGGAGACGGGAGGAGAGACAGAAGACCGGAAAAGGUGCGCAGACGAGGACGUUGCCCACGACGCUUUUCUCGAACGCAUGUCGAAACAGGAACUCGUCUGGGUCUUCCUCACGACGCACUUGAACGUCUUGAUUCGCCGCUACGUGAUUGCCGCCGCGGCGGAGACCGUCCAGCCUCCCCUCGUCGCCGUGGAACGCGCCGUCUGUCUCGGGAGGGGGCGAGCAGGCUCACGCGAAAGAACGCAAAGUGACGCAGACGAAGGCCCUUUAGAGAGACAGCAAGUCGCGUGCGUGCACCAAAUGCUGGCCUCCUGGGGCAGGCAACUCACAGUCGAAACUCCCGCGUGUUUGGAUCGCGACGAACUGCUCUUCAUCGAGCGGCUGAUGGUCACCGCGCUGCGCCUGGUUGUGGAGUUCCUUCCCAUCGGGGCGAGCCUGCGGGAUCUGCCGACGGCGCGCGACGUGUCGGAGCCGGUCGAAGCGUGGAUCGAGCCGAGUGUCCUGCAUCUCCUCGCACUCAUCGUCCACCUUCACCCGAACGUCUACAUGCUGCAGACGGAGAGAAUCAGUGCGGCGCUCCAGCUGCUGUUCCGCCCGCCGGCCUCCCUCGCCGCGCUGCGGUCGCCUCUCGCGAUCGACGUGUUUUUGGGGAUCUUGCAGCGGAUGGUCCCCCUCCCGCCGUUCCUCCCGCCCUCGGCGCUGCCUGCCUCUCUCUUGCGCCAGCAACAGCAGCAACUCGCAGCCGCGGGUGCACACUUCCUCGCGCAGUGGCUGCUCGGCGAGCAAAGUGGCGAGGCGCUGCUGGAAGUCGCCCGGCCGCUCCACUUCCAGGGCUGCGUCCAGACCCUCCUUGCGCUGAGUGUACAUACACCGCAGCUGCUGCUCCUCAAGGGGAGUCCGGGCGGCGUGCCGCGGGUGCUCGAGAGAAGCGAGGACGCCUCCCCCGGCAAGGACAAGCGGCCAGUCGCAAAUGUGGAGCGAAGUCUGCUGGGUUUGCGGAGAACCUUUGGGAGGCAAUUCGGAGCGCAAGGCGCCGACUGGAGCGGCGACCGCGGCGACGUGGACCAGACGGGCGACCAAACCUCUGUUUUUUCUGCGAACUUGAAGGCGCUGAAGAUGCUCAACGAUUUGCCUGGAGCCAUCGCGGCAGCGGCGGAGCAGCGCGACACGUCGGUCGCGUGGCUCACCGUCGAAGAAGUCGGCGUGAUGUGGGUGAAGGUGCUUCAGGCGCUCGCCAUCUGCUGCGCCUUCGGCCCGAAACCCGUCCGCGUGAAGGCACUGGGGCAUCUCCAGCACCAAUUGCUGCGUGCGUCGCCUCCGCCGUCGUCGCUCGAGACGGCAAACUCGCCGGUUUCCCCGACUGCUUCACGGCCGCCUUCGCUCCUUCAGAGAGUGAUGAAGAGCCCCGCCGUGUGGCGACUCGUCCUCCAAGAGGUUCUUUUCCCGCUGCUCACCUACGGCUUUCAGUACCCGUGCGACUGUCCCCUGCCUGCGGAGACAAGGCUCGAGGCCGCAGCUGGGCUGGUGCCUUCGGGCGAGACAGAGCCUUCCCCAGUCCCCCGCGCGUCUCUGGGCGCGGGCGUGGGAGGCGACAGAAAGGGAACAGAGACCGCAGAGACGCCGGACCAAAAACCCGUCGUGGAGAGUCCGUACACGUUCCCCUCAGAGAGCCGCGCCCGAAGACCAGCUGCGUGGAUGGCGGCGCCUCUAGGAAGGCGGUACACACUCGAGGCGGCCGUCGCUGCUCUCGGAGCCGAGGAGGUUCUGCAGCGGCGCGCUGCGUCGGCGAGCUUGGUGUGUCGCCUCUUUCUGUCGCAUCUGGAUUUUCUUCUUCAGCCCCUCGGCCCCGCGGAGACUCCGUCAGACGCGAGCAAUCGUUUCAGAGGACAGGAAGGAGAGGAAGAAGAGCGCGAAUGCGCGUUGCGCCUGCUCGGCCUCGUUGGAGACCAAGUUCUCGUUGGCCACUUUGGAGGCGACGCCGAGGCCGCGCAUGCAGCGGCGACCGCUGGAGGUCUUCGUCUGCUUCUUCCGCCUCUCGUGCAAUUCCUCGAACUCCUUGUCGAACAAGCCUGCGCUGCUCCACUUGUUUUCUGCGACGCGUUUCUCGAGAAUCUGAAGAACACCCUUCUGGUCGUCCUCACGUCGCCCGCUGUGGCCAGUGCCUCAACCGAGGGGACGGUGGACUUGCCGCCGCCCACUGCAGCGGACUUUGAUAUUCCGGGAGAGAAGAGAGAGGCGGAGGAAGCAGAGACCGAGAAGGACGGAGAGAGAAAGACGGGGAGAGAGGAGAGGGCCGGGAACCGGGAGGGUGGGGAGGACGAGCAGGAAGGCCUGCCGCGAAAGCGGGUAGGGGCGGAUGGACGCUAUCAACGAGGAUCACCGUCUGCGGCAUAUUUUGACGCGGCGCUGCAGCAACUCUCGAAGAGCCAGCAGCUGCUCAUUGUCAUUGCUCAUCAGAUUAUCUCACCGUCUUUCCCGUAUCUCGUGAAGGACCUCCUGACGAUCAUUCUGCCGACGCUUCUCCCGCCUCGGUUCAGCACUCCUGCAUCCGCUUCGGCAUCGUUUCAGACCGCGGAAGAACACGGUGCUUCAGAGCCGGCACUGGGCGAAAACGAGACGCGUGUGGGAGCGGGACCAGGGAACAGCGGUGCUCAGGGAGGACCGGGGGAUGGCGAAGCAGGAGAGAACGGGGUGUCGGCAGAGAGUGGCGAGUUGGAGGAAACGAGAAUCGUGGAGCGUUCAGAGGAAACGAGAAUGGAGCAUCCCUCUCGACCGCCAGCGCCACCUCCUCCGCCCCCGCCGCCUCCGUCUGGUCCUCCUCCGGGUGCGCAAGACCUUGGAGCGAAUGCCGGCGGCGAGAGUGUGUCAGGGGCGACGGCAGGAGACGAAACAGAGAAUCCCGAAGAGAGGAGACAAGAGGACGAACGGUCUUUACAGCACGCCGAUGUUGAGGGAGGCAGCUCUGCUUUCGAGGGGGAACGCGCCGCCGACGGCGAGGACGGUUCGGAGACUGAAGGCUCGCAAGGACUUCGUACAGGAGACACCGAGGGCCCACAGCCGCAUGAAAUUCCAGAAGACGAGAGAGAAGAGAGGAGAGCAACGCAUGAGGACACAGAUAAGGAAGUCCUCGUGACCAGUCAGUGUAUUCCCAGGGAAGACAACAGAGAAUCGAAAUCAGCUCCGCGCCCUCGAACCUGGCGGGAGACGUUCUUCGGGGCAGGAGCUGCAGCUGCGGCCGCUGCCUUGGGACGGGAAGUCUACUGGACCGACCAGGCUCUUCCACCUGACAGAGGACAGAAUGCCCAGGUGCGCGGGGGACCGGGUGCGUGA